AUGGUUUAUCACUGUAUAGCCCCAAGCCUUCUUUGUCUGCCCAGUCCUUGCAACGCAGAUUACACCCGCAGCGAAGGUACUACAACAUCUGAGGGCACCCAUCAGACUCUGCUGCUUCACGGCCACGUAGAACUCAGAAGAGGCUGGAGGAGACAGCAGCGGCACCUCUUCUUGUUCAGCGAUUUGUUGCUUGUGUCUAACACCACCUCACCUGCAGGCUUCUGCUGGAAACUCUUUGAACUUGGGAGAGCCAACAUCAGUGCCCAGAGGUCCUCUGUCUUGGGCUGGCCCACGGUGAACUUUGUGGCCACCUUUAGAUCUCCGGAACUAAAGAAAAAAUGGCACUCUUUCCUUCAAAGAUACAUCAAUCUAGCCAAAGAGAAGGACCAGCCCAAAAACAUUCCCCGCAAAAUCUGCACUGGGGACAUCAAGGACUGUGCUUGUUCUAUACCUAUAACAGUAACAAAUUCAGACACAGUGAAUGACGUAAUCAACAUGUCACUACCAGUGCUAGGAAUAACCGGCUCUGAGAAAGAUUACCAGCUGUGGGUCAGUUCUGACAAGGAAAAGAGCCCAUAUCUACUCAUUGGGCAUGAACGCCCCUAUGGAAUUAAAAUGAGCCAUCUUCCAGCUACUACUUUCCUGCCCCAGGGACUGGAGGAUUCUGCCUCUUCUUUCAUCCUGAGGCCGAGGCACCUGGCCAGGAACCAACACGGGAGACAUUCCGCUGGAAGAGAGAAAGAUUCCCGGCGCACACCUGGCCUGUUGACAGGGCUCGGGUACUUGUCUGGACUACCCCUGCCCGGCCCCACCAACUACAAAGCAGGACAGCUAUCUGGCAUUUCUCUCAUGGACGUGUGUGACAAUAACAAGCUGCUCAAGCACAUCCUGGAUCUGCUUGAUUUUAUCAAUCAAAAACGGCCACUCACAAAAGACGUCUUCAGGACAGUGACCAGUAAAGAAUCCUGCAGAUCCCUAAAGGAGCAGCUCAAUUCCAGGGACAAAGGGAACUGGGAUGGUGAAUCCAUCUUUGUGGCAGUGGCGGUCUUAAACGAUAUUCUUGAAAAUACCCAAGGAAGUGUAUUUUCAUCCAGUCUCUAUGAUAAAUGGCUUGCUGAUCCUGAACAAGGGGAGAACGAGGAUGAGAAAAUAACUGCCACCUGGUGGAUUUUAGACCACGUGCCGAGAGCCCAUGCUGUCCUGUGGUAUCUUUUUGGGGUAUUAAACAUCGAGCAGCUGACAACACACAAGAUGACAGCUUAUGGUUUAUCCUGUAUAGCCCAGAGUCUUAUUUUUCUGCCCAGUCCUUGCAAUGCAGAUUUAGGAAAGGACUUGGGAAAAAAGCUUAGUUUUGUGCAAUUUCUCAUUGAAAACUGCCUCAAGAUAUUUGGAGAAGAUGUCCCUUCCCUCCUGGGGGAGAGCUUGGUGAAUGGUGGUACCAGUGAGUUUACAGAAUAUUCUUGCAUCUCAAGCAGUGACAGUGAUUCAUAAAUGGCACAACUGGAACAUGAUGCCAAUGCCCCGGCAAACAUGGUUUUACACUGCUUCUUUCCUAUGUUUUUCCAAGUUACUGAAGAAUCGGGAAUCUGUUGGAAUGCCUCAUAGUACCUGUUUCUUUUUUUUCCUGUAAUAGUCCACUAGAACGAUUUCCAAAUAUUUGUAGUGUUUGUUAAAGAUCUGGGUUAAGUCCUCAGGUUCUGUCCAGAAUUAAGUGAAUUUCCUGGCAGAUGUAUGAGCACAGGUUACCUUAAACUAAGUCAA